GAUCUGUCAGACCUCAGCCUACCUCCGGCAGCUUGGUUGCCUUACACUCCACGCCGAGAGCUCACCAUGAAGAUCGAAUUUGCGCCUAGAAACGUGCCCCUGGACAGGAGGCUACAGACGGCUGCAGUUCUCCAGUGGGUCUUCUCCUUCCUCUGCCUUGCUCAGAUCUGCCUUGCGCUCUUCUUCAUCCUGCUGUUCACCCGUUUCUGGCUCAUCAGUGUGCUGUAUGCUGUGUGGUGGUUCUGGGACUGGGAGACGCCCUCUAAGGGGGGCAGGAAGAUCCCCUACCUCUGUAACAGCCGAAUGUGGGACUACAUGAGACAAUACUUCCCCAUCAAGCUCGUUAAGACAGCUGAUCUGGACUCCAGGCAAAACUACAUACUGGGCUUCCAUCCCCAUGGGAUCCUGGUGGCCGGGGCCUUCACUAACUUCUGCACUGGGGCCACUGGCUUCAGCAUGCUUUUCCCGGGCCUGAACACCUAUCUGCUCAUGUUGCCCCUGUGGUUCCGUGCCCCAUUCUUCAGGGACUACAUCAUGUUUGCAGGGUUAAUCCCUUCUGAUAAAGAAAGUGCCAGCUACCUGCUGCGUCGGAAAGGAGGGGGCAAUGCAGUGGUGAUUGCAGUGGGUGGAGCCCCUGAAGCCUUGGAUGCCCGACCGGGGGCUUACUACGUGCUACUGGCCCAGAAGAAGGGCUUCAUCAAACUGGCUAUGGAGCAUGGUGCCCACCUGGUGCCAGUGUACUCGUUCGGCGAGAAUGAGGUCUUCGACCAGGUGGAGAAUCGCAGAGGCACCUGGCUAAGGUGGAUUCAGGAGCGACUGCAAAGCGUCAUGGGUAUCUCUCUACCUCUUUUCCACGCACGUGGUGUCUUCCAGUACAGCUUUGGUCUCAUGCCAUACAGGAAACCAAUAAAUACAGUUGUGGGCAAGCCAAUCAGAGUGGAGAAGUGUGAGAAGCCGUCGGCCGAUGAUCUGGAUGCUCUUCAUCAGCUCUACAUGGACGAACUGAGCAAACUGUUUGAGGAGCACAAGGGCAAAUAUGGAGUGCCUGAGGAUACACAUCUGAGCUUCAUCUGAGACGAACUCUUCCUCCCUCUUCCACAUCUAUACAUACACACACACACACACACUCACACACACACACACACACACACACACACACACACACACACACACACUCACACACUCACACACACACACACACACACACACACACACACACACACACACACACACACACACACACACACACUCACACACUCACACACACACACUCACACACACACGGCGUUGUUUGAUGAAUUACUAUUCCCUGAUCAUAUGACUCUAGCAGAUGACCUCAUGCUCUGACUUCACUAACUGGGACGAUAAAAAGACAUGGAUGGACACAUGGACACACAUGGACAGUGCCAGUAUUCCUUAUGAUGCAUGGGAGAGUUAUAUUUACUUUUAAAGCACAUUUGAGUUGUCUCAAAUAUGUCUCAGGUUGGGACGUUUUGCUUCUCAAAGAAAUCACUUUCUGGACAGAUGUUAGAAAUUCUGAGCAGGUUUUUAAAAGCUCAUCUUAACAUUUGCUGUGAUCUUUUAAAGAAAAUAAAAUGUUAUCUUAAGAAAUGUGGCUCUUGGCCUUACAUUCUGAGCCUAAUCCCACUAACAUCUGUCAGGAGAGUAUGUUGACUGCAUGUUAAUCAAACUUAAAUAAUCUGUUGAAGUACUUCCCACAAACAAAUAAAGACAGAAUUUUGUGUCAUUAUAUAAAGAAAAUAUAGUACAAAUGAAUUGGAAUCUUGCCCUAUUUCAUUAAGCUGUAUUGUCAAGUGGAGAUUAAACUAAACUGUGAAAAAGUAGUACUCACAACAAAAACCCUACUAAUUGUAUUAAUAAUAUAUUACAAAUGUACAUUGUACGAUUAACAUUGAUGAUCAUUGUACAGAAUUCAAUAGUGUAAUGAUGAAAUUACCUCUUAUGUGAUAUUGACAAAGAAAUAAAUGUACUCAACCCAGA